AUGCGUCAUCAACGGUACGCCAAAGAUGGCCCGCCUUCCGAAUGCGAUUCGAGUAGCAACAGCGGUGACUCGGACGAUGACCUCCCCGACAACUCCAACCUCAACGAGCACAAACCAGACGCACGUCGACCCCUUCCUGCUGGGCCCUCCUUCAUCAUCACCAGAUCGACACGUGGCAAACGAUCAUGUCCUCCAUUGACACGGAAGCGAUCUCCUCCAGCCCAACACAUCGAUGCAUCCCCACCCCCAGAGCAAUCCAGACGGGAGCGCCAGACUUUGACGGGUGCACCAAAGGGUUCUGCGCUUGUAUUUCAAUCCAAAGACAAUCUUGGACUCCACAAUUCUUCUCUACAAGCGGGCCCAUCUACCCACGAUGCUGAGGAUGACGGUGACGAUAACUCCUUUGUGCCCCAGUCAAUACCUCGGGCUGCAUCUCUUCCUCCAUUAACACCGUCACCUUUUGGUACACGGAACCAAGACACACCAAUUCCUCCCCAGCGCCAGCGCAAGCGUGCUCGACUCACUGAAGUCAGGCACCCAGACUGGGACGUCAGCAACGACAGCUUUGGCGGUGCGAGACUUUCACCUCUUGACAGAGAUGGAGCAGCCACUCCUGUGAUUGAGGAACCUGCUUUUUUAUCCCCCGCUCGACCCGACCUCACCUCCAGCCCCGUCUUGAUAACCAUCAAAAGCGAAGAAUCCCCUGUUUUGCCCCCUCUGAACACAUCCCUAGCUGGCGCUACAAUCGAAGCCAAUCUUGAAGGGAGGUCCUCAAGGCUCAAGUAUCGCUGUUCGAUCUCGAACAUCUCGGACGAUAUGCACUGUCUUCUUCCAGGACAAAAACUCAACGACACCAUCAUCAAUACUCUCCUCAACCGUUUGUCCUCAGUCACUGGAAAGGUCUUGGCAAUCGACAGUUUCGUCCUUGACUCGAAGAACAUACCCGAUCGUGUCUACAAUGAGAUUCAACAUGGAGAGCAACACAAGUUACUCAUGCCGGUGUGCAAUGACGACCACUGGGUAUUGUUCGUCUUUUUCUGCCAGGAAAACAAGGUUCGCCUCUUCGAUUCCUGUCCAGGCGUUCUGCCUGCCGAGAAAAUUUGCCGUGACGUGAUCUUGCCGUUCCUCCGUCGGAUUGGAGCGAGCGACGACGUUCAAGUUGACCUGGAUGUGAGCGGAUGUGCUCGCCAAAGUAACAACAUCGACUGCGGACUCUUCACGCUGUUGUUUGCGCAUCAGGUUUCGGGAACUGGGACGGGCAUGCCGACAGAUGUGACGUCGAGGACACUGGAUGCGCACCGACGCCAUUUCCUCCAGUGUUUGCUGACCUCCACAGAGGCUGCUCUCUCACCCAAGGAGGCUGGGUACCUUGACGAGCUCGGAGAGACUACAAGUGAUCGCUCGACAGCCCUGGCUCGAUUGGCGCUUGAAGUAUGGGACCGUCAAUCUUCCUAUCAAUCCCUGCUCAAACCAAGCGACUUUUUCGAUCAGUCAAUGUCGAGAUUACAACGACUUCACCAAGCUGAGGCGCGUCAGUGGGAGACAUUGUGCAUAACAUCAGCCCUCGGUCUGACUCACGUGAGUCAUGCUAAACUCCUGCGAAAUGCUGUUCAGAUGGAGUUCGAGAGAGGCGAGAGGAGGAAAGAGAUAGACAGACGUCAUCAUCUAGAAGCUGCUGUCAGGAGUAUUCUCACCAAUAUCCCCCCUGAACAUCCGACUGGCUCUUCGGCUGCCCGUUCCAAGCCAGCGAGUAACCUCGAGAUCAGUGCCAUGCGCAGCUUGCGAUCCGCCACAGAAGUGGCGGCUGUCUUUUUCAGGGAGGGCAAUCUCAUAACCAGCACGGAUGAUGACAAGAAUCCCUUCACGAUGUGCGUAGCAUACAUCGUCGUUGCCCGAUUUAUAAGACAAAGGCUAUCAAGCAUCGAAUAUGGUCUGGAGAUUGAGAUUGGUCGAGGAGCAGACAGGGACAUUUUGGUACGUGCGGGACGAUGA